AUGAAUCCACUCAUUUCUGCCGCUUCCGUUAUUGCUGCUGGGUUGGCCGUAGGACUUGCUUCUAUUGGACCUGGAGUUGGUCAAGGGACUGCUGCGGGUCAAGCUGUAGAGGGUAUCGCGAGACAGCCUGAGGCGGAGGGAAAAAUACGAGGCACUCUAUUGCUUAGUCUAGCUUUUAUGGAAGCUUUAACAAUUUAUGGAUUGGUUGUGGCAUUAGCACUUUUAUUUGCGAAUCCUUUUGUUUAA